GAGGCGGGGGCAGAAGGGGAGGAGCAGGGCCCAGGAUCCCUCGCUCAGUUUCGGCCUUUCCUACUGCCUGGUCCCGCAGGCCCCGUUUCCAUCCCCGGACUUUCCUGGCUGCGCUGCCGCCCGGAUUCUCCCUUCGGGUUACAAACAUGGACUGGAUGUGGCUCCUCUCCGGGGCCUGUAUCGUCUUCACCCUGGGGAUGUUCUCCAGCGGCCUGUCAGACCUGCGGGUGAUGGUUGCCCAGCGGAGUGUAGAGAAUAUCCAGUACCUGCCCUUCCUGACAACAGAUCUGAAUAACCUGGGCUGGUUCUAUUACGGGUACCUGAAGGGGGACGGGACCCUCAUGAUAGUGAACGCUAUUGGUGCUUCUCUGCAGAGCCUGUACAUGGGGGCGUAUUUACUGUACUCGCCCGAGAGGCGCUACGUGGGCAGCCAAGUGCUGGUGUCACUGGGAGUCCUGUUGUUGGGCUAUUGUUACUUCACCCUAUGGAUCCUGGAUCUGAACUCACGGCUCAACCAACUGGGCCUGUUCUGCAGUGUCUUCACUAUCAGCAUGUACCUGUCUCCUCUGGCUGACCUGGCCCAAAUCAUAAGGAGCAAAUCCACCAAGUGCCUCUCCUUCCCCCUCACCGUGGCCACUUUCCUCACCUCCAGCUCGUGGGUCCUGUACGGACUGGUCCAGAGUGACCUCUACAUCACGGUGCCCAACUUCCCUGGCAUUGUGACCAGCCUCGUGCGCUUCUGGCUCUUCUCCCAGUUCCCCCCAGAUCCGCCAACCUAUCGUCUCCUGCAGGCCUAAUAUCUGCCCCGGGGCAAACACACAGCCAAGUGCCUAAAUAUUGCACCCGAGUGCCAGCAUGAUACUCAGCACUGCUCUAUGAUGCUGCAUUAAUGACUAUAUGGUGUUGGUGAUGGUGAUAGUGCCGAGGCUAUGGCAGGGAAGGGGUUACACGGCAGGAUCAGCUGCACAACAACAACUCCCCGCUGACUCAGCAACUCCCAUUGUGGUUCCCACCUGAUCCCGAGCUCUGGCGCAUCAGCGUUUUACUCACGGCUGAGUCAGGACUGGGUCUCUCUGAGCUGCAGCUACACAAACACCCCGGGGCCCCUGGGAGCUGACCGGGCCCUUCCAGCAGGAAACACACACACAGCUCAGAGGGCCGGGUCCUUGGCCAGAAAGGGAAGAGACUGACCCUUUAGUGAUAGAUACGGGCGGGUCCCACGUAAUCACCCCCCGAACACGUCACACAGACGUUUGGAACAUUCCCCCCACUGGGCGGCUCCUGCAGGGUUCAGGGAGUUACAGUUGUGUGCAAUAUCAGGGCCUGACCCAGUGGGACUUACUUGCCUUUAUUAACUGGAUGCUGGGAAUACUUCCCCUUUAAUUAAGUGCCUGAUUUCACAAGUGCCUUUUUGUAAUAAAUGAUUUAUUUCCAUUU